UACUAAGAUUCUGUGUCUUAAACCAACUCAAAUACAGCAUAAUUAUGAAAUGGAUUAAAAGGAAGUGUGCUUUUCUAAACUGUAUCUAGCUGUGCAAAGCAAAUACAGACAUGCACUAAACACUUGCAGCUGUAAUUGUUCUGUUAAUUAUUAGUUUAAGUUCUUUUUUAAUAUUUUCUAACUGUUCUAUUAUAUAAUAUGCCCUAUCAGCUUAGUUUUUCUUUUUUUUCUUGAUGAACAUUAAUAGCAGCGUAUAAAAUAUAGGCAUGCUGGUYUCUGGUGAUGAUUUAAUAUCUGUCUUUUCUUUYUCUUACAUUCAGUGUUUUCCAGGGUGCCUGACCAUUCAGAUUCGAACUGCUCUCUGUCUUCUUAUAGUGCUUUUAAUCUACGCUGUGGCUCAGGCUUGUGUUGUGGGUUGUAUGCCCUGGAUGUGGGGAAGUGCCAAUACAAACAGUUCCAUUAUCAUCAUUGAUGUGGACAGGGGAGCCAACCGGACCAUGGCCGAGCUGCCCUGUGAUGGGGCCCGCUAUGCUUUUCUUUCCUGUGUAGUGGGCACCCUCACAUUAGCGCUUUUCCUGCGAGUAUCCUGGUUGCCAAAGAUGGUGUUGAUGCUCCUUUUGGGAGUGCUGUACAUCACUGUGCUGGAGCUCAGUGGCUUUCGCAAGACUGCGGGUGGGGGGUCUUUCCACAUCCGGGGUUAUGAGCCCAUCCUGUCUCUGUUGCUCUUUGUCAGUGCCCUGGCCCUCCACUCCAGRCAACUUGACCUCAAGCUGCGCUUGGACUUCCUUUGGGCUGUACAGGCGGAGGAGGAACGAGAUGGGAUGGAGAAAGUAAAGCUGGACAACAGGAGGAUUCUCUUCAAUCUACUGCCUGCCCAUGUGGCUCAACACUUCUUAAUGUCAAACCCCAGAAACAUGGUGAGCCAUGCUAAUAAACAGGCAUGCAGGCAGACUGACCAACAGGAUCUGUACUAUCAGUCCUACGCCCAAGUUGGUGUCCUGUUCGCCUCAAUUCCAAACUUUAAUGAUUUCUACAUUGAACUGGAUGGCAACAACAUGGGAGUGGAGUGCCUGAGGCUGCUAAAUGAAAUCAUUGCUGACUUUGAUGAGCUAAUGGACAAGGAGUGCUACAAAGACAUCGAGAAAAUCAAAACUAUUGGCAGUACGUACAUGGCAGCUGUUGGGCUUGUCCCCACCAUUGGCACCAAGGCCAAAAAAUCAGUUUAUGACCAUUUGAGCACAAUCGCAGACUACGCCAUAGAAAUGUUUGACGUGUUGGAUGAAAUCAACUACCAAUCGUACAAUGAAUUUGUCCUCAGAGUGGGAAUCAAUGUUGGUCCAGUAGUUGCUGGGGUGAUCGGAGCACGGCGACCACAGUACGACAUCUGGGGUAAUACAGUGAACGUGGCCAGUCGAAUGGACAGCACAGGUGUACCAGGAAAAAUUCAGGUGACCGAGGAGGUAUAUCGUAUGCUGAAUAGCAACUACGAUUUAGUCUGCCGUGGUAAAGUCAGCGUAAAAGGUAAAGGUGAGAUGCUGACAUACUUUCUGGAAGGUAAAGUGCAGGGCAUCGGCAUGGCGACCACUUCAUCGGUGAUGCGUUCCACCAGCCUGGCACGCCGUAUUCAUUCCUGUGGCAAGACGAGCGUGCCGACCCAUCUGGGCAGCGUCUCCUCCGCUGCCAGCCUGGCUGCUCAAGCCAGCAUGGGUGGCAACUUUCAGACGAGCACAGCCAACAUCAGCAACAGCCAAGCAACAUGCCUCCCGUCGCCCUGUGUGCUAGGUGAAGUGGAAGACGAAGACGAUGUCGAGGUGACACAGAUUCAAAUCGAGGCUGUGGCAGCCAUUGCAGAUGUAGCAGUGUAGGAGGAACAACGGGAUGGGUUCGAAUGCAGCAGGAGAACCUUGAGAAGUCAGGGCUGUCCACGGAUUUCUCAUACAUCCUAGGAAAUCCUGACAUUACCCAAGAUGUUUUCGGCCAGGAUAACGUGCUGAAGUAUUAUAAAACUGACAAUCAAACUUGCUUUCAGAGAUUUUCUUAACUGAUUGCCUCUAGUCAGAGUUGAGAUGUGGAGGGGAAGAAAGAUGCACCCAACCRCUCAACGUUCUAUGAACAUCGCUAUACCAGAUGAUUAGAUUUGUGGUGUUCUCGGGWUCCUGUGCAGGUAUAUCCAGGUAAUGUGUGCAACCUUGUUUUAUAUGAAGUACAUAUUCCCACGUACAAGGAAUAUGUACAUUKAUGCCCAGAAAAAGACUGAUCAUGCAUUUGCUUUUGCACUGUCUUUCUGAUUAUGCCAAGGAUAUAUUGCAUUAUUUACAGACAAAACAGUUUAUUUAUACUUUGGUGUAUGAAGGCAUGCAUGUUUAUAAUUGUAAGUAUGUGUAUGCAUGUGUGUUCAGUUUGAAAUUGUAACAAAACAGCACAAAAUCCUUUUUUGUAUUCACCUUUCACCGGAUGAAGCUGGCUUUUUAUGAAAUAUGGCAGUUUAUCUUAGUGCAUGAUUUUUUUUUUAAAUGUCAAGAGCCAUAAGUGAUGAUACUCUGCUCGAGAGGAAAAACCAAAGUAAUGAUUUUAAGUUAUAGAAAUUUCACAGAAAUGGGAUCUUGCWCUUGUUACUUUCAAACCUUAUUAACCAAUUUAAAAAAAAAGUGUCUCGUCUUGAUAUCACCUGGAUUCACAGAGUCUAAAGUAAAUGUUGUGUGUAUGAAAGCAGCAUACACUGAUGGGGGCUGUUUUCACGGUCRGUAUGCACUAAAAGAACUAGAAGGAGUGAAAAAGGUUAGUUGAAUGUUGAAUGCCUGCUGCCACAGAAACUAGUUCAUGCCAAAAUGAGAAGGUUCACUAAAAAAAAAAAAAAAGUGACACUACACAGAACACCAACAAGCACACAUGAACAUACAGUGCCUUGAAAAUUUAUUCAUACCACUUGAACAUUUCCGCAUUUUGUCACAUUACGGCCACAUACUUUAAUGGAUUUUAAUAAGAUUUUACGUGAAAGACCAACUCAAAGUAGAGCACAGCGCUGAAGUGGAGUGAAAAAAUCAUUUCAGUUUAUAGCAUCAAUCAAAGAAACAAUACUAGUUUUACGUUCCUACUCUUCUACGAAGGACACAUCUGUGGAGUUUACCGUUAAAAGCUGUUCCGUCAGCAGUAUCUCCCACCUAAGCUGUGGAUCUCUACAGCCCAUCAAGACUCACCAUGGGCUUUUUUGUUUCUUCUGAAAAAUCUUCUUGCACAUCUUUCAAUUCAGAUAGACGACAGAAGCUUGGCUUGUUAUAUUGUACUCUUUCCAGUUUUUGCCAGAUGGACUGAGAAGUGCAUCGGCAGAUGUUCAAAGUUUGGAUUAUCUGUUCUAAAAUCUAGCCCUUCUUUAAACUUUUCCACAACUUUAUUGCUGGUUUUUCUACUGUGUUUGUUGGUUUCUGCCUGCCCACUAAUAUUCACAAACAAACCUCUGAUGCUUUUAUCAGUAAUGCCCUACUUUGUGAUGGUCUAGAUUAGAAAAUCCUAAAAAAAAUGGACAUUGAUGUUUGUGAUUGUUAUAUGAGGAAAAUGUGAAAAUYCAAGGGGUACAGCUACUUUAACAAGGCACUGUAGACUAAUGGAUGGCAUUCAUCCAUACAGAAGGGAGCACUUACAUGGUAAUAAGCACACCACUUCUAUAAAUGCAUGACCUUUAAGUGUUUUAAAUCCUUAGUCUGUGUACAUUACCUUAUUUUCUUGAGGCUGCAGAAACUUYGGUGCCGUGUCUAUAGCUGCUAAUGUUUUUUCUUCAGGCUUAUACAUUACUGUACAACUGCUUUUCAGUAUAAUGAAGCUAGAGUUUAAGAAUAGCAUUAAGCACAUAUCUCUCAGAUGCAGUUUCAUAAAUAUGAGGCAUGUCAGAUAUCUUUAYAGCCUGUAUCUUUAAGUGCAUAGACAUCUUCACUUGAUAUGGAAAAGUGUGACUACAUCACGUUUCAAGUUUUUUGCCUUACUCAAUAAGCUUACAGUGAUUGCAACUUGCCUUUUUAGAUUUAUUCACUUUGAUAUGCAGAUCAUAAUCUUUUUUUUUUUGUAAAUAGCCAAAACCUGUAAACUAUGUUGUAUCUUGUACAGUGUAAAGUUAUUGAAUAUUUUGUAAUAAAGACAAUAUUGGUGCAUAAAA